CAUCAACAGAGUUAGGAACAUAGUCAUAAAACUUAUACCUGUAUAAACAUCUCAUGCAGCUGGGCAAUUGGUAAAACACAGUUUGCUGCCGAUAUGCCGACGCGACAGGUUUAGGUGCUUCUGUUUGCGUUUGUUGCAUUUGGUAGAUGUGAAACUGUGAGUAAUCUUUUAUCCGUAAUUCUUAACGCGGGUCCCACAAUCACGAGGAGCAUCUCCUAAGGGGGAUGGAAAGGAAACGUCAGUGGGCUAGUCUUAGACGGUCGUCGGCACUACUUUAUAAAAUGGAAAAAUGACUGCGGGUGCGUACCGGGUGAUUUUCUUUUUACCCUCUUCACUGUUUAUCGAUAUUGCGUUGAAUUGUUGUCAUAACCUCUUGAAAUGGCAUUUUCGCAAACAAAUGCUGCAACACCUUCAUUAUUUACAAACACGCCAACAGUUCCAUCCGCCAAGCACAAAUAAGUUUAUUUUGUUACUUUAUUCUGGAUACACCGUAUGUUGCAUGCCAGAUAAAAAGUAAGCUAGACACAAAAUACGGUUAAAUUGAGCAGAGGAGCAGAC